AUGCAGACGUACCCUCAGCAGGACCACUUUGGUCGGGUUUUUGAGGAUCUCUGUGAGCGGGCCCUGGCCUUCUUUGAAGCCAUACUUCUGCAUGAUUUUGUGCGCGACGGUACCUCUGCAGGAAGAGCCAGGAAGGAACUGGUUGGUCCAGGUGGAGAACGUGGCCCGUCCGAGUCCUCAUACAUAGGUGGAGGGAUGGCGGCCUUGGAGCCUCUGACAGGACGACCUUCAUCCUCAUAUGAGUACGAGGAUGGGCCUUGUUCAUCCUUACUUUUCUCUGUCCUCUAUCUCCUUCUGUCGCUCCUGCUCCCUCUGCCGCUGUCGCUCCUCUCUGUGCCGCUUCAUCACCUUCUCAUAGUCAUUGGGGAACAUCGGGUCAUACUCGUCUGCAAGCGGGAUCAAUAUGCAUACCUUAGCUUGACUCAGCGCAGCCUUCUUCACCUUCAGCUGGGACUGCAGGAGCUUGAAGUUUUUGGACCAUCCUUCGGUUUUGGUGUCACUUGCACCCACCCCGAGGUCAUCAUACAAGGACAUUAUCUGCAGAACCGUCAGAUGGAUUUGAGAUCACUUUUGCUUUACGGCUGCCUGGUGAUGGUGAGUCGACUCGGUGCAGUGCACUACUCCACCGGCGAGCCAAAUGAAUGCCUGUGCUCAGAAAUCCCGCCUUUGAAUUGGACCGAGCCUCCCGACUGCCACCAGAUGAACAAAACUUUCCGUUAUACCUGCGUCAAAGGCUACGUGAGGAAAGCAGGGACAUCAAACCUCAUCAAAUGCCAACCUGAUUCACGAUGGUCCACGCCACACCUCACAUGCAUAGUUGACCCGAGGGGCACACCACAAGCAUCUAACAGCACCAAAACAGAUGCUGUGACGGCUAGCCUGGAACAUGACAACCCCACAAAUUCUCAUUUGGAGACCAAAAUAGGACUUGGCCAUAGCACAGUCGUUGUCAUCAGCUGCGUUUCAGUAGUCAUCAUUGCUCUAAUCGGGAUCGGCCUCUUUGUUUGCAAAAGGAGAAGGGCGGAAAGCAACAAUCCAUUGCAGACGGCAGCAGAGGAUUGGAGGUGUGUGCUGUGUCAAUCUGAAGGACAGUGUAAAAAUGACAUUUGGCACAUUUGCAAGAAGACUGUCAGAUGGCAUUGUGCUGUGUCUAAAGAGUGGCUUCUAAAGUUCUCAAGGUGUGGCUCACUCUGUUGAGGAUGCGAGGCCCUCCCAGUUUCUCAGAGUCCAUGGAUCCCUGUCUUAGGAAGAUCAUUUCUUUCUUUGCACUCCGAGCUUUCUUCUUGGUGAACAUCUGCAACACAUUUUGAAGAGCUGAAUUCCUAGCACUGUUGAGCAACUGCAGGCGCUUAUCAGGGUAACAUUUUGUUUUCCCUUUCUAAAUAGUCUCUGAAAGCAGUCCAAUGUGAUGUAUGGUCGUGUUUAGUGUGUAUUUUCAACCUGAACUCCAUUAAUGUAGUGGCAGAAUAACACUUUCCUACAUAGUGAAUUGUUUUCUUAUAACACUGAUUGUGAAACAUGUAGCAGCACUUUCCGUAAAGCAGCUAUUCCCUUCUGGGUUUUUUUUUGCCAAACCAUCCCAGGCAGAUGUUAAUAUGAUUUAGUCUUAUCCUACAUGACGCACAAAAUCUUAGAAAUGCCUCUCAAUACCAUUGAAGUAUAUCAUAAUAAAAAUACUGUGGGUUUUGUUUAA